CUAAACAAGUGAUUGUGUCUAGAUAUUAAAUACAUACAAGUGUUGUGGGCGAAUUUAUACUGUUUUUUUCGUUGUUGCUGCAUUGCUAAUUAACGCUACAACACGAGUAGUUUUGAUGAAAUGGUAUUUAAUGCUAUGUACUUUACGGGCAAUUCGGUCGGUUUCCAGCAACAACAGCCACAAAUUCAAUCCCACGUGCCGCAAGCACCACAACAGCAACAGCAACAGCAACAACAACAACAACAACAAAAUUGCACAAAAACAGCGCGACACCUGGAUAGUGAGGCACAACGAUUGACUGCAGUGAGUGGGGGUGAAUCCAUAACUACAACUACAACCACAAUAACUAUAACUAUCGAUCCAGCGAAAUCGAUUAAUGCAACUGAGCAUAAAUCGUCGACUAAUAAUUAUCAAGUUAUCCGCAAGCACAUAAACAAUAACGGCAUCAGCGCUAACAGUACAACAGCACAUUUUGCGGCUAAGCGAAAAAACUCACCAUUAAUAUCCAUUGCAGCAACAGCAACAGCAACAACGACUACCGCAUCCAUUUCAACAGCCACGAGAACUCCAGCAGUGGCCGCUACGUCGGCGCUUUCAUCCGCGAAUUCCGUGGCCAGCUACUAUGGCUUAGGCAUACCCAAGUCGCCCUCAUUUCACAGUGGACUUGAUCAAUUGGCCGAAAACAACGGCGACUUUUACGUCAAUCGGCCACAAUUGCCAAACGCCAACGGCCGCUGUGGCCACGACGACAACGACCUACAUAGUGUAGGCAGCACUAGCGGCGGCUCCAUAGUACGACAACCAACAACUGCAAAUCGCGAUAUAAAAUUCAAAUUCACUAAUAUUGAGGAAAUCAAAACGAAAUUUCUGGUAGGGGGGGGCGCAAGUAGAGCCGCUCACCCAGUUGGUAACAACCAUUGCAUUAUGCCCACAAUGCCGCAGCAACAGCCAGCAGACAAUGCGGCCACCGGAUCAGCAACAACGCAGUCGAUAACAACAAAAAGCAGCAACACAUCGUCGUCAGUGACAACUGCUCCUAUCGCCACUGGCAUUGUUUCCGCCGCUGUUGCCUCGAUCUACAACUCCACCAACAUAUCUACAUCUACAUAUACGUACAAUUCCAAUAAAGUAAUGUCCGCCAACAAUACAUCUCCAUAUUCCUCAUUGUUAGCAUCAUCCUCAUCUACACCGGCAACGACAUUGACAUCGUCAUCGGCAUCUGCAUCUGCAUGCAUGUCGAAGCCGACUUCGUCUGGUACAAGCACGACUGUGGCCGGUGGCCUGCCUGGUGGAGGUGUUGGCGUUGGCGUCAGCGUUGGUGCUGGUGUCGACUGUGCUGCUAUCAAUUCAAUUAGUACUGUCAUUGUCACCACAUCGACGACGACAACGUCAUCAUCUCUGGUUGCGACACUGACACAACACUUCUCAGCUGCCACCUCGGCUACAUCACUGCUUUCAACAGCUGCCACAUCAUCGCUAACCACUAACAAUAAGUCGCCAGUGAGUGCGGCUGCCGCUAUCAAAAAUAUUUUGAAUGCUACAAAGAAUGUUGGCAAUUCUGCUGCGGCCGUAGCGACGAAUAGUUUUAACGGCUGUCAAGGACAACCGACAAAUGUGGCACAAAAUAUUGUCAGCGGUAUCGGUUAUUCGUUGGGUAUCAGUAGUGCUACCAACAAUAAUACAGCUACAUCCGGCGGAAAUGGUACAUCUUUAGCAACAAGACUAAACACUUCUAUUGUGGCGCAUUUUCAAAAUGGCGGCGACGAGUCGAAUAAGGGUUGCAGCGCUGGAGGCAACAAUAGUACUAAUGGUACUCGUAAUGGCAAUGGCCAAGCCAAUGGCAGCAGCACCACCGCCGACGGACCGACUGGCAACGGAAUUUUAUCGCCGCAAACAUUACAGCAAAUCACCGGAAGUCCAGGGCGCGCACGUGAUCGCAAUCUUUUCCAUUCACCAUCUGCGACAUCGGAGGUCGUACCAUUGCCGCUACUGCGAGAAACACCUGCUAAUGAACGUGAGCAACUUUUGAUACAAAAGUUAAGACAAUGCUGUACGCUCUUCGAUUUUUCCGAGCCAUUAAGCGACCUAAAAUGGAAGGAAGUGAAACGAGCGGCGCUGCACGAAAUGGUGGAGUAUCUGUCCAAUCAGAAUGGGGUUAUCACGGAGGCAAUAUAUCCGGAGGCAAUAAAUAUGUUUGCAGUAAACUUAUUUCGCACAUUACCGCCAUCGUCAAAUCCUAACGGUGCUGAAUUUGAUCCGGAAGAAGAUGAGCCGACGUUAGAAUCAUCUUGGCCUCAUCUGCAAUUUGUUUAUGAACUGUUUUUGCGUUUUCUUGAAUCGCCAGAUUUUCAGCCGAACAUCGCCAAACGUUAUAUUGAUCAUCAAUUUGUGUUGCAACUGCUGGAACUUUUUGAUUCGGAGGAUCCACGCGAACGUGACUUCCUAAAGACUGUACUGCAUCGGAUCUAUGGGAAGUUCUUGGGUUUGAGAGCAUUUAUACGCAAGCAAAUCAAUAACGUAUUCUAUCGUUUUAUUUAUGAAACCGAACAUCACAAUGGCAUUGCUGAACUCUUGGAAAUCCUCGGUAGUAUUAUCAAUGGUUUUGCAUUGCCAUUAAAAGAGGAGCACAAACAAUUUCUGCUGAAAGUACUCUUACCGUUGCACAAAGCGAAAAGUCUGUCUGUUUAUCAUCCGCAGCUAACAUACUGCGUAGUGCAGUUCCUGGAGAAAGAUCCAAGCCUAUCAGAGCCAGUCAUAAGGAGUCUUUUGAAGUUCUGGCCCAAAACACAUAGUCCCAAAGAAGUGAUGUUUUUAAAUGAACUGGAGGAGCUACUCGAUGUCAUCGAACCAGCUGAAUUUCAAAAAGUUAUGGAACCGCUGUUUCGGCAAAUUGCCAAAUGUGUGUCGUCACCACAUUUUCAAGUCGCCGAACGUGCGCUUUACUACUGGAAUAACGAGUAUAUAAUGUCGCUGAUCGCUGAUAAUUCACAAGUCAUAUUGCCGAUAAUGUUUCCGGCAUUAAAUAGAAAUUCAAAAACGCAUUGGAACAAAACGAUACAUGGACUUAUUUAUAAUGCACUUAAGCUGUUCAUGGAGAUGAAUCAACGUCUUUUCGACGAGUGUAGUCGAAAUUACCGUCAGGAAAAGCAGCUGGAACGCGAAAAGAUGUCGCAACGCGAAGAGCUUUGGAUGCAGGUUGAGUCUUUGGCCAAAAGUAAUCCUGAGUGGCCAAAAAUGUGUGGUCAAAUGGACAAUUUAAGUAUUUCAAGUAGUCAAAACGAGUUUGAAGAAAAUGAGAAUUGUGAUCUGACUUACGACAAAUUUGAACAAGAAAACAGACAACAACAGAUGCAACCCCAACAACAAGCAGCACAGGAAACUAGAGAGGUGCGAGGUGAACGCAAUAAAGACAAGCCGUUGUUAAGAAAAAAGUCGGACUUGCCUACUGACAGUGGCACAAUUCGUGCUCUAAUCGAACAUAAGCGGCCGGAUGACUUCUUAAAGACACCACCGGAUGUCAACAAAUACUAAGUUAAAUAUUAAGGCGAAGCAUAUGGCAAAAUCGGAGCCAGCGACACUUGCACACGACUUGAUAAUCAACAUAUAUAGAAAUAUACAAAAAAAUAAAUAAAAUGGAACAAUGAAUAAUAUUUAAGUGUACGUGAUGUACAUGCAAUUAUUACAGUUUAACAAUUUCAAUUUUCAUUAGACCCAGGUACCAUUAAACUUUAAUAAUUUUAAGCUUAAA